AUGCUCAGCGAGAGUGAACAUCACCUGGUGGCUGUGGCCUUUCAGUCCAUGGACCCCAACAACACCGGUAUGGUUGCCCUAAGCGAAGUCAAGAAGCGGUACUUCGCGUAUGCGCACCCCCGCGUAAAGGAGGGCAGCAUGGCGCCAUCCGCCGCACGCGACACGCUAGACUACCAUUUUGGCGUCUGUGCUGGCGACCAUGAAGGCAGCAUCACCUUCGAUGAAUUCCUCGCAUACCACGAAAAGCUCGCCGACGAGGCAUACGACGAGCACGUCGGUGACGUCGCCGCCUUCACGGAGAAGACGAUUAUGGAGUUAUGGAGACUCGGCGACAUGUUGCUGCCGACAGGCGUGCGUCCCGCCAUCCCGGUCACGCAGACGCCGGCCGGACUGUACGCGGUGACGCUCAUGACGUUGGUUUGGGUGGAGCGUAGACAAGUGGCUGCACCUCCGGCUUCAGGUCAGCAAUCGUCCAGCAGCGGUGGUGCCGCGCACGAUGAUCUCUUUGUGCUCCGCGGGAUCAAAGACGUGGUCCGCCCCAUCUUUACCCGCGGUGACUUGCCAGACGAGUUGCAGGGUUACUUCGCGUACCCGGAGGAGUUGUCCGGGAUGGCGGUAGACUACGUGGCGCCUCGUUUGUCGAUUCAGCGAUGGUACGACUUCACGUGGGAGUACUCGGAGGGCAAGUACUGCGGCGUAGAAGGCAUCAUCUCCACCCGUGUUGACCUAGAAUCUUUGCCUGCUGGUCUACGGCAGUUUGUCUGCGAGCAUGCCACAGCGGUGUCGCGCGGCACGACAUGGAUGCAGACAAAGCCCAUGAUGAAUCCCAUGUACAAGAAGACGAGCUCCGCUUACGGAUGUGGCGUCACCGAGGAGUGCCGCAAGAUCCACCACUGGAAGGUGAGGACUUUUGAGGGGAAGCAGUACGGCAACCAGUACCAAGGCCUCUGCGGUAAGUUUUUUUCCAAGUUGGGGGCGCCGCUGAAGUCCAACACUGCCACAGGCAUGAACAUAUAG